CAAAAAUAAAAAUGGCGACCUACAUCUUACGCCGAAUGCAUUAUCAAAAAUUGCACAAAUUCUACGUUGUUUUGAAUAGUCAGCAGAGUUCCUUACUGAGGAAGGAUAUUGUGACACCAGUUUGUUCCUCCCCAAGACUCUACUCAAAAGCUCCUUCAUCUGACAAUCCAUCAGCAUCCACUACCACAGAAGAUAAAAAAAUUGUGGCGAAGAAGACAAUCUUGCUUCCUAAGACCUCAGCACAUGCCCUUUCUCAGCAAAGUGAUCAAAUAACAAAAAAAACUAGUGCAGUUCUUGAACUAGAUGCAGAUAAAACUGAGGGAGAAAAGGUCCCUGUUCUUAUUACAGCUGCAAGUCUGGAGGACAUGAAACAAGCUAUGUUUGAGAUAGAGAGAGUCUUACAGAAACAUAUAGAAAAAACAAAAGAAAACCUCCCAGUUCUGGACAGGCCAGAGGAACUACUCUUUAUUCCCAAGGAAUGUGCAGAUCAACUAACUGCAAGAAGUGGUUCUUUGUUGAGAGAAAUGCAGAAUGAGACUGCUUCACAGAUCAAGGUUAAGUAUGAUGUAGAAAAUGAACAUGGCGUUCUCGUAACUGUAUCUGCAGCUGAAGAUGGCCAUCUCAAAGAAGCAAUGGAAAAGAUACAGAACCUUAUUGCAAAUAAUUUAAGUGAGAGUGAUGAGAUGACCGUGAGCUUGCAGGAGGGCCGCAUAAUCGUGGGUAGAAAGGGGUCGCAGAAACAAGGCCUGGAAAAGGAGACUGGGACAAAGAUUUAUGUGAGGUUUAAUGACGCACAUGACGAAGCUUUGGUUACUAUACAAGCCAAAAAUCAGCAGGAAUUGGAGGCAGCCAAGGCAAAGAUACAAAAAGUUGUGGAAAAAAGCAAAUACCCCAAAAGGAGAGUUGAUCUAACAUCAGAUGAAAGGUACAAGUUAAUUGGCAAAGGUGGAAACAAUAUACAAAGGAUUAGAAAAAAUCUUAAACAAAUGGACGCUGAAGUGCUUGUGGGCAAAGAUUUGUUGGUUGAGGCAAAAGAUGAAGAAAAUCUGGAUAAAGCUAUGGCAAUUAUAAAUAAAGAAUUGGAGAAACUGAGACUUACUACCAGUACAAUAGAAGUAUCAGAAGAAGAAGCAGGAUCUGUGAUAGGGAAGGGAGGGGAAAACAUUAAACAAAUUCAACAGAAAUUAAAGGAGAUGGGGGCAGAAGUUAACAUCAGUUUACCAAAAGGUAUCACUCCAAAGUGUUUUAUCAUAGAAUCCAGAAACAAACAGGAUGUGGACGCAGCUGUUGCUAUGAUUAAAGAAAGAUUGGAAAAUACAAGGAGUGUCCAAAAGAGAACUUUGGAAAUAUUGCAGAAAGAAGCACAGUAUUUGAUUGGUCCCAGGGGUGAACAAAUAGCCAGUAUUAGGGAACAGUUUGCAGAGAGAGGAAUAAGUAUAAAUAUCCCAAAGAAGACAACAGGAGAAAAAACAAAGAUCCAGAUCAUAGGAAAUAGUGCAGAGGACAUCGAUGAAGUGGUUUCCACGCUGGAAGAAAAAUUAAAGAACAUGAAAACAAGAACAAAACAGAAAGGUAUAUUGUCCGUAUCCUGGGAAGACCGAGGCCGACUGAUAGGCCGAGGUGGUGAGAAUAUCAAGAAGAUGCAGGAUAUAUUAAAUCAGAAAGGUAUAAAAAUAGUAAUACCUCCGCAAACAUCAGAAGAAGAAUCGUAUGAAGUGGAAGUGUAUGGAGAGAAUGAAGAGAGCAUCCAGGAGGGCAUUGCCAUGUUGGAGGAGAAGAUAAGAGAAAUGAAGACCAGAAGCCAACCACAAGAAAGCAAGACUCUGUCAUUUUCCUGGGAAGAUAGAGGCAAACUGCUUGGCAAAGGUGGUGAAAAAUUCACAAGGAUACAGAAAACACUGAAUCAGAAAGGUGUAGAUAUCCGACUACCUUCAAAACCAAAUAAAGACGGAUCAUUAAACAUAGUAUUGGUUGGUGAUAGCAAAGAACUUAUUGAGGAGGCUUAUGCCAUGAUUCGAGAAGAAAUGGGAAAACUAAGGAAGACCCUGUUAAUAACUUAUGCAGAAAGAGGGAAACUAAUUGGCAGUGGGGGAGGAAAUCUCAGUAGAAUUAGGGAACAGCUAGAAGAGAAAGGAGUCUCCCUCAAAAUUAAUGAUGACUACAAAAGUGUGAGGGUUGUUAUUGUAGCCCAAAAUGAAGAAGACCUGGAGGAAACUAUUGAAAUGGUGCAUCAAGAGCUUGAACUUGAAAGAUCAGUCAAGAGAGUUGAAGUCCUUAGAGAUGCCGCCCUUGGCCUCAUAAUGGGGAAAAAGAGGGAAUUGGAAAAUCAGUUUGGGGAUAAACUGAAGCUUCAGUUACACCUUGAUAAUCAUAAAAUAUUCAGUGUUGACGAGGAAGAGGCAGCUAUUUUAUCAAUAGAUUGUGAAGAUCCAGAAAUUACACAGAAAGUUAAAGCUGAGGUUGACAAACUUGAGAAUAAAACAUGGCUGCCACACAAAGUAAAAGUCCAGUAUGAAGAUUCUACAGAAGAUGCAGAACAAACCUUGCGAGACGUCUUCGAUAUGACAAAUUGUUUCUAUUAUAAACCAAAGCAGAAUGGAGAAGAACUGAUCAUUUAUGCUAGAAAUGAAGAGGAUUAUGAGUUAGCACUAGCUAGGAUGAAAGAACAUGCAAAAUUGAAGAUAACAGAAUGGUCUGAAGUCCCUUGGAGAAUAGAUAUUUCCCGAGAUGCUGUUGUUGGACUAUUGAUGGGAAAAAGAAGAGAAUUUGAGAACAAGUUUGGAGACCGUGUAAAGCUGAGGUUACCCCUAGAUCAUCAGGCUUCAUUGGAAUACACAGAUCCACAGAUUGCAGAGGAGGUUCUAGCUGAGAUUCAAGAACUGAAUGAAACAAAAUGGUUGCCACACACAAUAAAUGUUGAAGAAGAUGUUGCAAAGCGUGUUAUUGGAGUAAGAAGUGAAAACAUCAUUGAUAUAAUUGAAAAGACAAACUGUUACUUAAGUUUUACUGAAGCUGAGGAUGGGAGAGAUCUGACCAUUUACGCUAGAAAUGAGGAAGACUUCAAGGCAGCCAUGGCCAGGAUCAAUGAAUUUAUAGAGCACAAGACAGAUGCAAGAUCCACGAAGAAAAUAAACAUUUCCAGAGAAGCUUACCUGGGUCUGGCCACUGGGAAAAGGAGAGAAUUGGAGACUAAGUUUCAGGAUCAGUUGAAGUUGAAGCUUAGUGUUGGUGAUUUUGACAUGUUUCACAAUCAAGAUGCAGUGCAUUCUUCAAUUGUAUCAAUAGAAUGUGAAGACCCCGAGACUGUUAAGGAGAUUGAGGCUGAGAUUGAAGAACUGAAUAAAAUAAAAUGGCUUCCUCAUACUAUGAAAGUUGGAAAUGAACUGGCACAGAAGAUCAUUGGACAUAAAGGUGAAACUGUCAAAGAUAUCAUGGAAAAGACAAAUUGUUUCCUGAAUUUUAAACCUACAAUGGAUGGAGAGGAGUUAGUUAUAUAUGCCAGAAAUAAAAAAGACCUCAAAUCAGCUUUAACCAAGGUCAAUGAACAUAAAAAGCAACUACCUUUAACAAAAAGAUUACAAAUUUCUAGAAAUGCUGUCCUUGACCUAUUAAUGGGGAAAAGAGAAGAACUGGAAAAUAAGUAUGGAAAUCAGGUGAAGCUGGUUAUCAGGACUGGAUUAUUUUAUGGUGGUAAGGAUUCAAUACCUGUUGUAGUUGACUGCAAAGAUUCUGAGAUUGUGGAGGAGGUUACAGCUGAGAUUGAAGAAUUGGGCGGAACAAAUUGGCGGGAACACAAAAUGAUUAUGCAGCAAGAAGUUGUAAAAAGGGUGGUUGGAUUCAGAGGUCAAAAUAUGAAAGAUAUCAUGGAACAGACAAAUUGUUACAUGCAUUUUAACCCUACUCAGGAUGGAGAAGAGCUUACUAUAUCAGGUAGAACUGAAGAAGAUAUUGAGUCAGCCAUUGCAAAGGUCAAUGAAUUUUCAAAGUACAGCUUUACACCUGAGAGGAUAGGAGAAGUUAGAGUCCCCAAACGUAAGCAAACUAAGUUUGAAGAUUAAAGAGAAUAAUUCCAUAGUUAGCAGAU